CGUCCACCGUGACGUCACCACGUCGACCAAUCAGAGGAAUCUUUCCCGGAAGGAAACGCAGCAACUCCAGAGCCAGCUGUGUCAGACAAAGUCAAAAUAAUAAUAAUAUAUAUUUAUAAAUAUAAUGUCUUUAACCGUUUUGACCUCUGCGUACAGACUGAGGUCUCUCUGCAGACUGCAGCGGAUCCAGGGCCACAUGAUGUCGACUCAGGUGGAAGCAGAAGUUCUUCUGGAGAAAGUGGGCAGAGCAGGUGUGAUCACCAUAAACAGACCCAAAGUCCUGAACGCCCUCAACCUGCCCAUGAUCCGACAGAUCUACCCUCAGCUCAAGAAAUGGGAAAAUGACAAAGAGACUGAGAUUGUGAUCAUCAAAGGAGCAGGUGGGAAAGCCUUUUGUGCUGGAGGAGACAUCAGAGCGGUCACAGAAGCAGGGAAAGCUGGAGACCCUCUUGCAGAGGACUUUUUCCGCGAGGAGUACAUUCUCAACAAUGCUAUUGGAGCAUGCAAGAAACCAUAUAUCGCCCUUAUUGAUGGAAUAACAAUGGGAGGGGGCGUAGGGCUGUCAGUUCACGGGCGGUUUCGAGUGGCCUCUGAAAAGACGCUGUUUGCCAUGCCAGAGACAGCCAUUGGGCUUUUCCCUGAUGUGGGAGGUGGCUAUUUUCUGCCAAGGCUCCGGGGGAAGUUGGGACUGUUUCUGGCCUUGACGGGCUUCCGUCUCAAGGGACGUGACGUGCAGAGAGCUGGAGUUGCCACUCACUUUGUAGAGUCUAAGAAGAUCCCAGACCUGGAGAAGGAGCUGGUGGACUUGAAGUCUCCCUCUGCUGAAGACGUCUCCAGAGUGCUAGAAUCCUACCAGAACCAGAGUAGUCUGGAUUCUGAGAAGCCUUUUGUCUUGGACAAGCACAUGUCUGAUAUUGACAGGCUGUUCAGCGGCAGCAGCGUGGAGGGCAUCGUGCAGAACCUGAAGGCAGACGGAUCAGAGUUUGCUAACAAGCAAGCUGAGACACUGGCCAGGAUGUCUCCCACGUCCCUGAAGAUCACCUUUAAGCAGCUGCAGGCGGGUGCAGCUCUGAGCCUUCCGGACGUGUUGGUGAUGGAGUAUCGACUGAGCCAGGCCUGCAUGAGGGGCUGCGACUUCUACGAGGGUGUCAGAGCUGUACUGGUUGACAAGGACCAGAGUCCCAAGUGGAACCCAUCCACGCUGGAGGAAGUGUCUGAGCAGACCAUGGAGCAGUGCUUCUCCUCGCUGGGAGAGAAAGACCUGACUUUCUGAAGACUGUCAGCCAGCAGCUGCUUCCCACUUUCAAUACACACACCACUAAGCCUUUGCCAGGCCUGCUGUCCCCACAUCCCUUUAUGGUCUGUGAGAGAACUGUAGUGCUGAGGAUGAGAGAAAGUUAUUUCAUGACAAGUACAUACAUAGGUCAUAUACCUAAUAGUUUGGACUCUGUACUAUUAAAUACUGUGGUGACAUUUUACAGGAGACAUCCAGGCUGCUCCUCUGCAGCUGAGGAAAAGAAUCUGAUUCACGUUCACAGCCAGAAAUCUAAAAUAGUAACAGAAGAAGUAGCCUUAUGUGUCACACACGAAAAAUGUUUAGAGUAAACUUGCUCUGCAGCAGAGUGGAGUCUCUUCUGCUGUAAAUUCAAGAAUCUGCCGCACCGCAGCAUUAACAGGAGGACAUAGGAGGGCGAAUAUGAUCUCAUCACUGAGUGCUUUAUUACAUUUCCUGUGGGUGUUUGUUGAUGUGACAUUGAUCAGCAUAAUCUGUAUUUCUGCUGUGUGGUCACUUGUUCUAAUUUAGAUAAUGUAUUGUCUCCAUUUCUGCAGUUUUUGUCUCACAUGAAUAAAACAAGUAUUCUCUGACAUAUGAAACCAACACUCCCAAGACAAACAGCAGAUUCAGAAAUAUGUCUGUAUUUGUACUCAAUGCAUUUACAUGACUGUAGACAAAUAUGGUUUCAGCAGUUUGAAAUGUGUGUGUGGUAUCGUGUCACUGUUUUUGAGUAGGAAUCAAAUCACCCCCCCAAAAAUCAAUAGCUGCAUUAUUUAUGAGACAACCAGUCAGAUUAUGCAGCCAUCCUGGAACAGAAGGCAAUAAAGAGAGCUGGUAAUGUAACAUAAACUGUCGUGUGUUAUUGGUAAGUGAAGAAACUGCUCCGGUAUAAAAGGAACUACAGUUAUUGGUGGGCAGGAACUUUUAUGAGCUGCUUAUAAAGUGUCCUUGUAAAAUAGUGACCGGUCUUUAUAAAAGUGCCUUUGUUAUCAAGCACUAGGCUGCUGCUCUGAUAUAAAGUCUGCAAAGUAAACACUUUAAUUGCAUGUUGGGUUACAAACCGCUUUGUUCCACCUACAGUGCUGGCAGGAAGUCUUACAUAUUUUAUUUUAUAGGUAUAUUUGUCUGUUACAAAGGUUACGUUCACACUGCAGGCACAAGUGGACCUGUGUGGAACUGUACAAUAAACCCAAAUAGUUGAGUUUUGAGUAGAUUAUUUCCCGUAAAUAUAGCAUCAUAGAUGAGAUUUUUAUACAAUCCCGUCUGUAUUAUGUAUUUUAUUUAGAUUUUUAAGAAUCAUACAUACUUAUAGGUUUAUUUACAUACUUCUUUUUUGACAGAUUCAGUGUUUUCUUUUGGCCAUUGUUCUGUUAGCUCUUUGGUUGUUUUAAACUGCGUACUUUUCUAAUGCAGAGAGUGAAGGCUCUGUGAAUAUAGUUUGUGUUCACGUUUUCAAGGUUUAGGUCUUAAUAAUCCAAACUUUAACUUUUGUUAACAGUGGAAAAAGAGAAAAUAAAAUAUUGGCCUUCUGUGUUUAA